AUGACGCCAGGGCCUUGUGACGGGCCCACGCUGAGCCCCCUGCCCCACGCCGUGCCCUCCCCACCCCCGGCCAGUGCUUCCUGCCCGCUUCCUGAGGAUGUGGGCACCGGCCCUGGCACCGGGAUGCCCGCCGGCGUGGGAAGGGGGAAGGGGGGCACCUUCCUGCGGACAGAGGGGUCACGGCGGGGCCUGGGAAAGCGCCGCCCCCGGGACCCCCCAGCCCCCGCAGCCGCCCGGAGGAGCCCCGCGGGGAGUGGCAGCACUCGUGGCACCGAGGAGUGGCACCGAGGAGUGGCACCCGGCCCUGCCACCGGCAUUCCCCGCUGGCGCGGGGGCCGGGGGAGCGGGCUCGGGGCACCUCCUCGCGUCUCCCGGGCCGGCUCCGUGCGCUCCCCCCGCCCCGUCCGCAGGUUCAUUACCGCCGUGACCCCCGUGACCCCGCCGUGUCCCCGAUCCCAGCGGCAGAGCCACGGGGACCCCCGGCGGGAUUGGGGCCGGGGGGUGCCGAAUCUCCUCCCCGGCAUCCCCCGGCCCCAAAGCCGCCGGGUGAUCCGGACGCGGCGUCGCCAGCCGGGCCUCACCUGCGUGUGCGGCAUCCCGGGAUUUUUACGAGCGGCCGAAAUCCCGGAGCUAUUUGUACCGGGAAAGGGCAGCGGGAAUGUGCCGGGGGCGGUGGAACGGGAAUCGCGGGGCUGGGGGGGCCGCCGGGAGCGGGCACCGGGCACCGGGCAGGUGGCGGGGCGGGAGGGCGGUGGGGAGGCCGUGGCGAGGCCAGGGACGUCCCGCGUCCCCCGUCCCGGGAAGUUUCCUCCUCGUCCCAGAGGGGCGAGCGCGGCUGGGAGGCCCGAGAAGGCGCCGGUGCUCGGCCGGGACACCGGGGACACGCGGCAGCCUCAGUCCGAAGGGACGGAGAAGUCCCGGGGCCGGACACCGGGAACCGGAGCGAGCCCCGGCCCCGGUGAGCCGCCACGGGCACCGGAGCUCCGCGAGAACCGGCAGCGCCGGGGCCGGCAGCUUUACCGGGAGCCGCGGCACCGGGCGGUGGAUCGGCGCUGCCGAGUCGUGACCGUGACCGUGACCGAGCGCGGCGGCCGAGCGGCGGAUCGGGCCCGCCGGCAACGGAAACCCGGUACCGGCCCCGAGCCUCAGCGGGAACGGCGGCUCCGACCGCGGCUCGGCCUGCCGGAGCAGCCCGGUACCGGCGGGGUCCGGCACGAACCCGCCCCACAUCUCGCGGGCUCGGCCGAACCGGGAGGACGAACAGACAGCGCGGACACCGACAGACAGCACGGCGCCUCCGGGAACGAAAAAAUCCGUUCCUGUGUUGGAGAGACAGACACGGACGGACAGAUCACGGACACGGGCCGCUGGAUCAGCCCUCCCGUGAGUAACCGAGCCUUCGUUACCGGCCGGACAGAUGGACGAGGACGGAGCCAGACUCCGAGGGAUAAAAACGGGAGCGAGAGCGGCUCCCGGGGCGGAGGUAAAUUCCCGUUACCGGCCACACGGACGGACAGACACGGGACUGAUAAAAUUAACGAAAAAUCUCGCUGCCGGCCGGACAAACACGGGAGCGAUCGGGGCUCGCGUGCAGCUCCGGUACCGGCCGGACAGACGGACACGGCCGAGCGGGGAUCUCGGAAUGAACCGAACCCGGUGGCGAACCGGCCGCCGGUAACGGCGGGACCGGCGGACAGAUGGCGGUGCCGAAACGGGGCCGAUCGGGGCUCCCAGAGCGGAGGGGAAGCCCCGUUACCGGACCGGCGGAUCGGGUUUUCGUGCCGUGCUACCGGGACGGACCCACGGACUCUGCCGGGACCGCCCGGGGCUCCUCUACCGGGCGAGGAGCGGAGAGACCCCGGGAGCCAGCGGUGUUACCGGGGACGCACGGCCCGAGCGAGCCGCGCUACUGAGAGGCGGCUCGGUGCCACCGGCAGCGGCGGGGCUGGAACGGACCGGGGGCCGGAGCGGGAAGGAGAUCGGGACAGCGACCGGGAUCCCGGCGGCGGCGUGCAGCCGUGCUCGGGGCGGCGAUCCGCGUUCCCGGGGUCGCUUGGGGCAGCAGCGGCGGCACCGGGACCGGGAGAGGCGACGGGACCGAAUCUGGGGAGCAGCACGGUCUCCUGGAAUCGCAGAGAAGGAGGAUCCCGGUUCUCCACCGAGACUCCCGGUUCCGUUCCGGGCUCCCGGAGCGCCGCCGGGGGAACACGGGUGUCUCAGCCCCGGUCGCAACGGGGGCGGCUCCGGCACGGCCGCGGCCGCCGUAGAACGAUGAGUCCCGGCCUCCGGUGCCGGCCGCGGGUCGGUUCGCUCGGUUCGGUUGGGCACGACUCGGUUCGUUUCGAAGCGGGCCGGUUCGCCUCCGUUCGACCGGGACACGGCGGGGCCGGUGCCGCUGCAGUUACCGGUGCCCUCAGGUCGGGACCCGCCGUGCCCGGGCCGGGUCCCGGUGCGCGUCCGUCCCCGCCGGGCGCCCCGGGCCCGCGCCCUCCGUGCAGGAAGCGCCGCAAGUCCCGCACCGCCUUCACGGCGCAGCAGCUGCGGGAGCUGGAGCAGCGAUUCCGGCGGCAGCGCUACCUCUCCCCGGUGGACCGGGACGCGCUGGCGGCGCGCCUGGCGCUCUCCGCCGCCCAGGUCAUCACCUGGUUCCAGAACCGCCGCGCCAAGCUCAAGCGGGACCUGGAGGAGCUGCGGGCGGACGUGGCCUCGCUGCAGGCGCUGCCCCCCGCCGCCCUGCAGCAGCUGGCGGGGCUGCCCGAGCCGCCGGGGGCUCCCGGUACCGGCACCGGCACCGCCGAGCCCGCCGAGCUCUCGGAGGAGGAGAUCGACGUGGCGGACUGAGCCGAGCGCGCUCGGCUCCGUUCGGCUCCACUCGGGACCGAGACCGCUCCGUUCGGAUCCGCGCGGCUCCACUCGGCCCGGCUCGGCUGAGUUCGGAUUCACUCGGGUCGGUUCGGGCCGAGACCGCUCCGUUCGGGUGCGCUCGGCUCCGUUCGGGUGCGCUCGGUUCCAAAAGGAGCCGAGCCCAGCCCCGCCCCCUCCGUGCACCCUUUUGAGGCUUUUAUUAUUAUUUUUUC